CCACGAGGGAAGACAACAAGGAAGGGUUGCCCUGGGUAGGCAGCGUUUCCUCAUGACGAGCUGGUUCACGUUUGUUUUAUUCUGGACUUGUUGGUGAAGUAUCAGAAGUCUUUAGAGGUGGUCGUGUCAAACCGCUUUAGAGGAAUGGACAGUAAUCUACAAGGCUUAAGUAUGGGGUAUGACGAUCCUGAAGAUAAUGGUUACCUUGCUGACCAGCCUUCACUGAGGUCACGACAGGCUUCAUCUCAAGCCUCCAGUCACAAUCACCCUCAAUUCAACUGGAGCUCGACUCCCGCAGAGAGGGAUGAAGAGGACAGCGGUGGGCCGCCCCGGGACCUCAGGAGCAGUCCUCUGCCCAUGGCACUGAAAAGAGCUGUGCGACAGGUGCAACUGAUGCAGGUUCCUGUUGUUUCCAGCCGGGAGUCCUGGAGACGGAACAAGGCCAAAUCUCUGCGUAAACUCAAAGACAGCAUCAGAGGAUUUCUCUACUUUUUCGCACUGUGGAGAAAGACGUUGCAAAAGAUCGGAGGUAACUUUGGAGGUGGCGUCCAGUCCUUCUUCCUGUUCCUGAGAUUCUUGGUGGUGCUCAAUUUCGUUUCCUUCCUCCUGAUUGCUGGAUUUGUCCUCAUCCCCAGCAUCGUCUUUAGAUCUGUCGGGACGCACCUUGUUAACAGCACUGGUCCAGAGGAAUGCAUGCAGUAUGACCCCAAUCCUCAAGGCUUGGUGGUGUUCUAUAAUUACUUCCUCGACUUACUUUCGGGAACGGGCUUCAUGGAGUAUUCAUACAUGUUUUAUGGCUACUACAACAACACACUGGUGGAAGACAGCAACUUCUCAUACAACAUCCCUCUGGCGUACCUCUUCACUGCGUUCUUCUACUUCGCCUUUUGUUUCAUCUGCAUCAUAGCACGCAUGGGGACUGCAGCUCGAGUUGCUGUGGCAACGGGAGGCAGCACUGUGGGCAACUACAGCAUGAUAGUGUUCACCAGCUGGGACUAUGGCUGCCUGGGGGACCGGGCUACCAAACUGAAGCAGAAAAACAUCCACUACCGGCUGCAGGUGGAUCUGGAGGAGGAGAGCUUAAAGAAGAGGGCAGCUGCUCUGACUACGAAGCAGAAAGUUAUUUUGUACUCUCUGCGUGUCCUUAUGAGUCUUGUUUCCUUUGGGCUCAUCAUAGGAGCCUUCUACGCCAUCUUCCUGGCCACCGAAUUCAGCCAGGGAAAGAGUGGGCUGCAAGGUAUCAUGGGUUUGAUUUAUGAGUAUCUACCUUCCAUCGUCAUCACUGCUGGAAACUUUGUGGUGCCGCUGCUGUGCGACCAGAUUGCCUUGGUAGAGCGAUAUGCCCCCAGCACUACUGUCAUAGUGGCGCUGUUAAGGGCAGUGUUCCUUCGUCUGGUGAGUCUGGGUGUUCUCCUCUUCACCCUGUGGAGUCAGAUCACCUGUGAGGGGGACAAAGCCGCUAUAGACUGUAAACUCUGCCAAUACAACUAUAACAGCUACCAGUGCUGGGAAACACGAAUAGGCCAGGAGAUGUACAAGCUGACACUGUUUGACCUCCUCAUCAACGUCGCUGUGCUCGUCCUGGUGGAGUUUCCUCGCAGGAUGGUGGUAGACAACUGGUCCUGUAAGCUGGCUCAGUGGGUGGGUCGACAGGAGUUCGUAGUUCCUGCCAAUGUGCUCGGGCUUGUUUAUGGGCAGACUGUGGUUUGGACAGGAGCUCUCUUUUGCCCUCUGCUGCCUCUCAUCAACACCGUCAAGUUUGUCAUCCUCUUCUACUGCAAGAAGAUCACACUGGUCCAUAACUGUAGGCCGGCACUGAGGACGUUUCGCUCUACCACCUCCGCCUUUUUUUUCCUGGUGGUCCUCGCGGUUGGCUGGGCCCUGGCCACAGUUGUCCUGGUCUACAGUGUUGCUGAGAUACGACCAUCUAUGGGAUGUGGUCCUUUCCGUUUCUUCCCCAGCAUGUGGUCGAUUGUUCCAAAUACUUUCAACAGCCUCUCUGAAACUACACAGGAAUUUCUCUUCUUCAUUGGUUCCCAGGCAUUCUCCAUCCCUCUGUGUGUAUUAUCUGGUGUGGUCUUGUGUUAUUUUGCAUCUUUAGCCUCUGUCUAUGGGAACAGUGUUGCCCUGCUAAGAGCUCAGCUAAAACUGGAGGGCCGUGACAAGCAGUUCUUGGUCAAGCAGAUUGAGAUGCUGGGUCAACAACUUCAUAUAUCAAAACCCAGUGCAGGAGCGCAGUACUGACCAUAAGGACCAUUUUGAAUUUUUAGGACCUUCUUUAUUAGCCUGAAUAUGAAACAAAAUGAGGAGGCAUCUGAAAAGGGCUGAACACACCAUAUAUAGUACUCAGGAUUAGUUAGGGAUAUUGGGAUAUUUUUGUGUUUUUUUGUGUUAAUACAAAACAAGCAUAAUGUGCACCCAUAUCUCCAAAUCCCUAACAGAUUUUGAGCUGUGUAUUUGUAAAGUCAGUGCCUUAUGCUGGCUGGAGUGAAGAUGCAACAAAAUUAUUUAUCUAGAGAUGUGUUGUUGUUAACAGAUGAGCCACAGAUAAGUUUUCUUGAAAAUUGCGGGGGGACCACCUGUUCAUUAUUAGUCUAAUGUAGAGGUGUGUGGUUAAAUAAUAUAAAGCAAUGAAUGAAUGCAAUGAACACUGUUGCUUUGUUUUAAAUGCAAAUUUUCACCACUUUUGUGUGUUCAUGAAAGUAUAGUUGUACGUCUUGUUGUCCUUUAACUUAAUAAAAUAAGAGGGCUUGUAGCUCCCUCUAGUGUCAAAACCGG